CAUUUACAUCAGAACUGAGUCUGCAGAGAGAAGAUGGAGGAGCACAGGGUUCAUGCCAGAAGGAACAGGAGAAACUCUGGAAGUGUCUCUGGCUCACAGACUGCCACCAAACCAGGGAAAUGGAUUCUCCUGGUCUGCAUCAGCUUUGGUCUUCUGUGCAUCAUACAAGCUUCUCUCAAUGUUUAUUUACGUCUCUUUCUUCAAGAUAGACGCCAAGACCUGUCGAAGCAAAAAGAUGAGCUGCAGAAAAGCCAUUCGUCCUUCAAAGAGUGUCAGCAAUCUCUGUCCAGCUUAAGAAAUGAACUGGAGAAACAUCAGUCCUUGCUUGAAACCAGGGCCCAUGAGAUAACUGAAGAAAUAAACAAGCAGAAGCGAAGACUGCAGGUCAUAGAUAACUACGCGUCUGAAGGUUGGGUGUAUUUCCAAGGCAGUGUGUACCUGGGCUCCAUCACAGAGCAGAGCUGGGAGCAGAGCCGUCAGUACUGUCAGGAGAGAGGAGCAGAUCUCAUCAUCAUCAAAAGUGACCAAGAGCAGACAUUUGCGAGUACAUUCACCGGGCACCGAUGGAUUGGACUGACUGCAACCCAGUCCGAACCUAGACAGUGGAGAUGGGUGGACGGAUCUCAGCUCAACACAAGGUUUUGGGCCAGUGGAGAGCCAAAUAACAAAUAUAAUGAGUACUGUACUGAAACUAAGACCAAAAACACCGGGAAGGGCUGGAAUGACCUGAAAUGUUCUGAAAAACGUCCGUGUAUCUGCCAAAAGAGGCCGACAUUUUAAGUCUCAUAUCAAUAUUUACUCAUACAUAAAAUAACAUAUCCACAUUGUGUGUGUUUCAUCACAGUGGUAGUGGUAGUAGUAGUAGCACUGG